AGCCGCGCGGGAUGCCCGGCCGCGGCUGACAGAGCCAACCGCCCGGCCUCGUCCGGUGCCGGCUGCCGCCGCCCUCCCCGCAGCGCCGCGACCGGGCUCACGCCUGUCUCCUCGCAGCUGCUCAGGACUCGGCGGUCCCGUCAGGCCGCUGAGGGCGCGACGCCGACGGCGGCUGCGACGGCCCCGGAGGCGCGAGAGGCGCCGGGGUCGCGGCGGCGAUUGGCCGGCCGCGGCGCCUGCUCCCAGAAUGCAGCGCAUGGCGCGUCAUUGAAGAGAGACCAUGAUGGCGGCGGCGGCGCUGGGGCCCCCAGAAGUGAUCGCUCAGCUGGAGAACGCGGCCAAAGUUCUGAUGGCACCACCUUCCAUGGUCAGUAAUGAACAACGCCAGCAUGCAGAGCACAUAUUCCUAUCAUUUAGGAAAUCCAAAUCACCAUUUGCAGUUUGCAGGCAUAUUUUGGAAACCAGUAAAGUGGACUAUGUCCUUUUUCAAGCGGCCACAGCCAUAAUGGAAGCAGUUGUCCGAGAGUGGGUUCUCUUGGAAAAAGGCAGCAUCGAGUCUCUGAGAACAUUCCUCCUAACCUAUGUCUUGCAAAGGCCUAACCUCCAAAAGUAUGUUCGGGAACAGAUUCUAUUAGCAGUAGCAGUAAUUGUAAAACGAGGAUCAUUGGAUAAGUCAAUUGACUGCAAAAGCAUUUUUCAUGAAGUCAGCCAAUUGAUAAGUAGUGGCAAUCCCACUGUGCAAACUCUGGCCUGUUCUAUUCUGACUGCACUGUUGAGUGAGUUCUCAAGUUCAAGUAAAACUAGCAACAUUGGACUGAGUAUGGAAUUCCAUGGGAACUGCAAACGAGUUUUUCAGGAAGAAGACCUUCGCCAAAUCUUCAUGUUAACGGUUGGAGUUCUGCAGGAGUUCAGCAGGCGGGAGAACCUCAGUGCUCAGAUGUCCUCGGUGUUUCAGCGGUACCUUGCACUAGCCAACCAAGUCCUGAGCUGGAAUUUUCUCCCUCCAAAUUUGGGCAGACAUUAUAUAGCUAUGUUUGAAUCCUCACAAAAUGUGCUGUUGAAGCCAACAGAGUCCUGGCGGGAGACUCUUCUGGACAGCAGAGUUAUGGAACUUUUCUUCACAGUACAUCGAAAAAUCAGAGAAGAUUCAGAUAUGGCACAGGAUUCUCUGCAGUGCCUUGCCCAGUUAGCGUCUCUGCAUGGACCCAUCUUCCCCGAUGAAGGAUCCCAGGUUGAUUAUCUAGCACACUUCAUUGAGGGAUUGCUGAACACUAUCAAUGGAAUUGAAAUAGAAGAUUCUGAAGCUGUGGGAAUCUCCAGCAUAAUCAGCAAUCUGAUAACUGUGUUCCCUCGGAAUGUUUUAACUGCCAUCCCCAGCGAACUUUUCUCCUCCUUCGUUAACUGCCUCACACAUCUCACUUGUUCUUUUGGGCGAAGUGCUGCAUUGGAAGAAGUGCUUGAUAAGGAUGACAUGGUAUACAUGGAAGCAUAUGAUAAAUUGCUGGAGUCCUGGCUAACUUUGGUCCAAGAUGACAAGCAUUUCCAUAAAGGCUUUUUUACUCAGCAUGCGGUUCAAGUUUUCAAUUCCUAUAUUCAGUGCCACCUUGCUGCUCCAGAUGGCACAAGGAAUUUGACUGCCAAUGGUGUGGCCUCUCGUGAGGAAGAAGAAAUAAGUGAACUUCAAGAAGAUGAUCGAGAUCAGUUUUCUGAUCAACUAGCCAGUGUAGGAAUGCUAGGAAGAAUUGCUGCCGAACACUGUAUGCCUCUUCUGACAAGUUUAUUAGAAGAAAGGGUAACAAGACUCCAUGGUCAGUUACAACGACAUCAGCAACAGUUACUUGCUUCUCCUGGAUCAAGCACCGUUGACAACAAAAUGCUUGAUGAUCUCUACGAAGAUAUUCACUGGCUUAUUUUAGUUACAGGCUACCUCUUAGCUGAUGAUACUCAGGGAGAGACUCCGCUAAUACCUCCAGAAAUAAUGGAAUAUUCCAUUAAGCAUUCAUCUGAAGUUGACAUUAAUACAACACUUCAAAUUUUGGGAUCUCCAGGAGAAAAGGCUUCUUCCAUCCCAGGGUACAGCAGGACAGAUUCUGUGAUUAGGCUGUUGUCUGCUGUGCUAAGAGUCUCAGAAGUUGAAUCUCGAGCAAUAAGAGCAGAUCUCACUCAUCUACUAAGCCCUCAAAUGGGCAAAGAUAUUGUUUGGUUUCUAAAACGCUGGGCCAAGACUUAUCUCCUGGUAGAUGAAAAACUCUAUGAUCAGAUAAGUUUGCCAUUGAGCACAGCCUUUGGCGCAGAUACAGAGGGCUCCCAGUGGAUUAUUGGCUACCUCUUACAGAAAGUCAUCAGCAAUCUGUCAGUCUGGAGUAGUGAGCAAGACCUUGCCAAUGACACUGUACAGCUCCUUGUCACAUUGGUCGAAAGAAGAGAAAGGGCAAACUUAGUAAUUCAGUGUGAAAACUGGUGGAACCUAGCAAAGCAGUUUGCAAGCCGAAGCCCACCUCUUAAUUUCCUGUCCAGCCCAGUGCAGAGGACACUGAUGAAGGCCCUGGUUUUAGGAGGCUUUGCACAUAUGGACACAGAAACCAAGCAACAGUAUUGGACGGAGGUUCUUCAGCCUCUCCAGCAGCGGUUCCUGAGAGUGAUAAACCAAGAGAACUUCCAGCAGAUGUGUCAGCAGGAGGAAGUCAAGCAGGAGAUCACUGCCACGCUGGAGGCCCUGUGUGGCAUUGCUGAGGCCACACAGAUCGACAAUGUAGCCAUUCUUUUUAAUUUUUUAAUGGACUUCCUUAACAAUUGCAUUGGGUUGAUGGAAGUUUACAAAAAUACUCCAGAAACUGUCAAUCUCAUUAUAGAAGUUUUUGUUGAAGUUGCACAUAAACAAAUAUGCUAUCUUGGAGAGUCCAAAGCUAUGCAUUUAUAUGAAGCCUGCCUUACUUUGUUACAAGUGUAUUCUAAGAAUAAUCUAGGGCGGCAAAGGAUAGAUGUCACAGCAGAAGAAGAGCAGUACCAGGACCUGCUUCUCAUUAUGGAGCUUCUCACUAACCUUCUCUCCAAGGAGUUCAUAGAUUUCAGCGACACAGAUGAAGUAUUUAGAGGACAUGAACCAGGACAAGCAGCAGGCAGAUCUGUAUCGGCAGCUGAUGUCGUUUUAUAUGGAGUAAACCUAAUUCUGCCCUUAAUGUCACAAGAUCUUUUGAAGUUUCCAACCCUUUGUAAUCAAUACUACAAGUUGAUCACAUUUAUUUGUGAGAUUUUUCCUGAAAAAAUACCCCAGCUUCCUGAGGAUCUGUUUAAGAGUCUGAUGUAUUCCCUGGAACUAGGAAUGACAUCAAUGAGUUCAGAAGUGUGCCAGCUCUGCCUCGAGGCUUUGACACCAUUAGCCGAACAAUGUGCUAAAGCACAAGAAACAGAUUCACCUCUUUUUCUAGCAACUCGGCACUUCCUUAAGCUGGUUUUUGAUAUGCUGGUACUGCAGAAGCACAACACAGAGAUGACUACUGCAGCUGGAGAAGCAUUCUACACGUUGGUUUGUUUGCACCAGGCUGAGUAUUCUGAACUGGUUGAGACAUUACUGUCAAGUCAGCAAGACCCAAUCAUUUACCAGAGAUUAGCAGAUGCCUUCAACAAGCUCACUGCAAGCAGCACUCCUCCUACCCUGGACCGGAAGCAGAAGAUGACCUUCCUAAAGAGUUUAGAAGAAUUUAUGGCAAAUGUUGGUGGUCUCCUUUGUGUAAAAUAAACAACAGAGCUAUAUUCUUAACUUAGA